CUCAGCGUGUCAGCAGCAGGGCCCUUUUCGUCCUUUUCUAACAGAACAAAGGUCAUACUCUAAUAUUUAAAUAACAAAACAUUAUAAACUAGUUACGUCGAAAUCAUAUGGUAAUGGAAACAAAACUCUCGAAAUUACAUGGCAAUGGAAGUCAAGUGCUCGAUUAAGGGUCAGUCAACAACAACUCAAGCUUAUCAAUAUCCAGACUUAAAAGAAUUACCAUCACCCAUCUCUAACCUCCUCCGGCCAAGUCAACUCUGUCAACACGAAGAGCACAAUGGCAGGAGAAGCAGUUCUAUCUGCUUUCAUGCAGGUUCUAUUUGAGAAGUUGGCUGUUGCUGCUUUGGAUGAAUACAAAUCUCUCCGGAACACAAAGAAAGAACUGCGAAGCCUCCGCAACACAUUGUCAUCAAUACAAGACUUGCUUGAGGAUGCAGAGAAUAAGCAGGUGAAGGAGAAGCAGGUGCGGCGUUGGCUUAUGAAGCUCAAAGAUGUGGCCUAUGACAUCGAUGACCUGCUAGACGAGUACACAGCGGCAACUCCACGUCCAAAGGUAACAAGACAUCUUCUCACUUGCAAUUUUUGCGUCAACGAAGCUUUGCUUACUUCUAAAAUAGCACGCAAGAUCAAAGGCAUCAAUAAGAGGUUAGAAAAUAUCUUUAGAGAACGAGAUGUUCUCGGUCUUCAAGUGUUGGGCAGAAGAAUUGAAAUUGAAAUUGAAAAUGAAAUUGAAGAGAGGCCUCAGACAAGCUCGCUGGUUGAUGGUUCUCAUGUUUUCGGAAGAGAACAAGAUAAAGAAAAUGUAGUCAAAUUGCUGCUAACCUCUAGUGAAGGAUUGGGAUUCAACAAUCGUCGUAAAGUUGUAAUCCUCCCUGUUGUUGGCAUGGGUGGGCUAGGCAAGACCACACUCACACAGCUUGUCUACAAUGACAGCAGAGUCAAGGAACACUUCCAGCUGAGAAUGUGGGUGUGUGUCUCUGAGAACUUUGAUGAGAGGAAGCUGACCAGAGAAACACUGGAGGGGACUCUAGUUGACUACAACCACAACAACAGCAACCACAGCACCACCACCACCACCACCACUACCACAAACAUGAACAUGCUGCAAGAAGAUCUUUUCAAGAGGUUGAAGGGGAAGCGGUUUUUGCUCGUUUUGGAUGAUGUUUGGAAUGAGGACCAUCAGAGAUGGCAGAGGUACUAUGCCGCAUUGACCGCUGGAGACAUAGGGAGCAAGAUCAUGGUGACAACCCAGAAUGAAAAUGUUGGGAGGAUUAUGGGUGGCUUGCCGGCCUACCAUUUGAAACCAUUGUCAGACCAUGAUUGUUGGUCUGUGUUCAGGAAUUGUGCUUUUGUUGAUGGUAACUCAAGCGGGCAUCCGAAACUGGAGGAGAUUGGAAAGGAGAUUGUCAAAAAUCUCAAAGGAUUUCCCCUUGCAGCAAAGGCCCUGGGGAGUCUCUUGUAUUCCAAAUUAGAUGAAAAUGAUUGGAAAAACAUCUUGAGAAGUGAAAUUUGGGAGCUGCAGCCAGACCAGAACAACAACAUAUUGCCAGCUCUUAGACUGAGCUACAAGCAUUUAUCCCCAAAUCUGAAACAGUGCUUUGCAUUUUGUGCAGUGUUUCACAAAGAUUACGUGUUUGAAAAGGAUAAUUUGGUGCAGAUGUGGAUGGCCCUUGGUUUCAUUCAGCCUCAAGGAAGGAAAAGCAUGGAAGACAUAGGAAAUGGUUAUUUAGAUGAUUUAGUAAGCAGAUCCUUUUUUGAAGCCCAAAAUGGCAGUUAUUUCAUGCAUGAUGCAAUCCAUGAGCUGGCGCGAUCAGUCGCUGCAAUGGAAUGUGUUAGAUUGGAAGAUGGUUGGCAAAACACUACCUUCUCGAAGAAAGCCCGCCAUUCCUCGUUUUCCUGCAGUAACACAAUGGACACUUCCUUUGAACAGUUUUAUGGGUUCAAAAGCCUAAGAACUCUGUUGGUCCUGGAAGGAUACAAAUCCAGGACUAGGCCAAUUCCAAAUGAUCUAUUCUUAAAGCUGAAAUUCCUGCGAGUGUUGGACCUGCAGCGCAGAGACAUCGAUAAGCUGCCAUCCUCAAUUGAAAAUCUGCAACAACUGCGAUAUCUCUGCCUAUCUCGAACUGGUAUUAAAGCACUGCCAUCAUCCCUUACCAGGCUGUGCGGUUUGCAGACGCUCAAGCUGAAAUAUUGCACCGAACUGAGCCAUCUACCAGUUGAUGUGACUAACCUAAUCAACCUCAGACAUCUUGAAGUAAACAGCUCACUGAUCUUGGAUAUUGCCAGAAUUGGGAAGCUCGCCCACCUUCAAAAACUCGCUGAAUUCUUGGUUCGCCGGAGCAAUGGAUUCAGGAUAACAGAGCUAAAGCACAUGGCGGAACUUCGGGGUCAUCUUCGCAUCUCUGGUCUUGAGAAUGUGACCAGUGGUGAUGAGGCUGUUGAGGCUAUGUUGAGUGCCAAGAGUUCCCUUUCCUCACUGGAGCUUGUUUGGUGCAAUGAAAGCCUCAUGGACGGCCAGUCAAUCCAGCAAGAUGUCCUCAGAGGCCUCCAUCCGCAUGUAGAAUUGAGAGAGCUUAUAAUCAAGGGAUACUCAGGAUUCCGCUUUCCGGGAUGGCUGGGGAGUUCGUCACUGUCCAGUCUACACACCAUCCAGCUGUCAAACUGCAACAAGUGCAUGCUCCUCCCACCUCUUGGGCAGCUCCCCUUCCUCAAACGCCUGGACAUAGAUGGAUUGCAAGCAGUCACACACAUUGGGCAAGAGAUUUUAGGCCAAGGUGAAAUCAUGGGAUUUCCAUCAUUGAAUGUACUAGUGCUCCAAGACAUGACUUACUUGGAGGAAUGGUCGGUGGCAGAAGGCCAAAUAGUGUUGCCUUGCAUCACCGAAAUCCAGGUUAGUGAAUGUCCCAAGCUGAGAAGGCUACCACCAGUACCUCCGACGGUAAACAGGUUGACAAUAUCAGAAGUGGGAGUGAACUGCCUUCCUCAACUCAAGAAGACAUCAGCAAAUACUACUAGUACUGCACUCUCAUCCUUAUAUGUACAUGAAUGCUCCAGUUUGAAAUCACUGAGUAAUGGAUUGCUGAGCCAGGAGCUGAACUCUCUCAGGGAAUUGACAAUUGCCAACUGUGAAGAGCUGGUGUCACUGCCAAUGGAUGGCUUCAAACCGCUUGUCUCAUUAACAAACCUUCACAUCUACAACUGCCCAAAGCUCAAGUGUGGUCUUCCGGAGGCCACAGAUCUGCUUCCAGAAUCACUUGAAGACCUGAGAAUCAGCUCAUGCAGUACAGAGCUGAUCAACCCAAUGCUCAAAUGUUUAUCGUGUCUCACAUCACUAACGCACUUGAACUUGACCGAUUGCUCUCAGCUCAGCCAUUUUCCUGAGGAAGCCCAGCUGCCAAACAUGCUCAAGUUCUUGGUUUUCUGGAACUGCGUUAAGCUCUGGCGGUUGCCUCCGUUGCUGCAUGUUUCAGGCCUCGAGAGCUUGGUCAUCAGCAACUGUCCAUUAGUGAGCUGCCUUCCGGAAGAGGGCCUCCCUGCGGAGCUCCAAGAAUUGUGCAUCAAUGGCUGUCCAUUGUUGAUUGACCUGCUUGAAGAUGACAGUGGGAGGGAAUGGGCUAAGAUUGCCCCUGUAUCCAAGGUGGAGAUUGAUCAUGUCCGGAGAGCAGGAAUGGAUGGCAAGGCAGCAUUUGGCUCUAUCAAGUGGAGGCUUGGAACUCGGAGUUGAAUCACUUGCGCAAGGGUACCGGUGAAGUGGAUUUCAACUUAAUUUGUUUUCAGACGCAUCAAAGUUUGCUUGUCCAUUUUAAAAUUAUAAAUGAAUAAUCAAAUCAUA